UAAGCGGAACGUACAACUCGCGGAUCAGACAUGCGUUGCCAGUAUACACACCUACCCCGUCAGAAUCAAGUAUAACGAGCGAUUCACACGCACGGCGGUAGCAGUGAUCCCGAACCUAGCAGAACGAAUGAUAUUAGGAAUGGACUUCCUGUCAAAGCGAGGCAUUGUUGUGACCUUAGACGGCCAGCCACUAAAUCCCGACACGUCACCGAGGCCCACACCCACAUUGUGUUGCCUAACAGAACGGGCUCACUUAAAUGAGGAACAAAAUCAGGAAUUAACACACUUCUUGGACCACAAUAAGACGCUGUUCUCCAAAAUCACCGGACCAAGUACAGCCGCCGAACACACCAUUACACUGCGAUACAACCAACCGCUGAAGCAGCGCUACUACCCGCGCAAUCCCGCCAUGCAGCAGCAAAACUACAUAAACCCACCUGAUACUACCAAAACUAUCAGGUCAAGAAAUACUCAGAAGAAAACCACCGAGAUGGCAUCACGCAAGCAAGGGAGAAAGAACCUCCAACCAACACCACCAGACGAGCCUCGGCCAAUAUCACCAUGGCAGCCUCCUUUCGAAGCCGUCCCAUGGCCACCCAACAAGCCCCGUAUCCUGAACGUGAAAAUAUUCCACGGACCACCUUUAAUCUUACCACACGCAGACCAAUGCAAACCACUGUUCGCGAUCACUACACGUCCGGCAGAGAUUCACGACAUAGCCCGAGAUCCGACCAACCCGUCAACUUAUGGCAACACCAAAGAAGCAACCACACGCCGCACCAAAACACGCGACAUAGUAACACCGCCGACCAGCGGCAAAAACGAAGGGGUAACUACAGUACAGCCCGUAUUAGACCCGGCAGCGGACAUCAAGGGGGCACCGCCGGAAAACCCAUUCCGAAACCUCCGCUUACAACGCCCACACAAGAACUUACAAAAAAGGAGGAUCCGCUGGCAUAAGCGCAAAAUCAAUGUCCUCCGCAUGGACGCAAACCACGCCCUGGUCAGAUAUCAUGAGCAAAGCCAAGUGAUAGAGUUCACAGACUGA